AAUUCGGCGGCAUUCGGCUGCGAAGAUCUGAAAAACAAAAGAACACUGAAGAGCGCAGAUGGUGAUUUUGAGAUUUUACGAGCUGCCGGCAAAUAUUUGCAUCUGAAAUUCAUUGUCUUUCGGAACUCCGAUCUGGCAGCUUAAUCGAAGCACAAGAAUGGGCUGCACUUCCGGUUGCGUUAAGUGUUUCCUUAACACUCUCAAUACUUUGAAUGCGCUUUCGGGUCUGUCCCUGAUAGCCAUUGCAACGUUGGCCCUCUCGAAAGCCCCUCUUGCCUACAUUCUGUUUCUAUAUGGACUCGGUGGCAUUAUCUUCGUCUCGGCUGUGCUGGGAUGCUGUGGGAUCUGCAUGGAGAACGUGUGCAUGACCGCAACGUACGGCUUCCUGCUGUUGGCCCAGCUAAUAAUCAGCUUGCUGGGCAUCUUCCGCUUCAAGUUCACUGAGGAAUACAUAGAGAAGUUUGCCGCCGAGGAGGUUCAGAUGAAGUGGGACGAGGAGCUGGUGGAACCCGGCGCCAUGGACAUUUACCAGACAGUGUAUGAGUGUUGUGGGCGUGAUAGCCCCGACGACUACGUGGCCAUCGGUCGUCAAACCUUGCCGCCCAGCUGCUAUCCCCAGGAGAACCCCCAGAUGCCCCACUAUCUAGCUGGCUGUGUCCAGAAGUCCAGUGAGAACUUUGUGGUGCUCUUCAGCUACGCCCACGACACCAACUGGAUCGCAGUGGGAAUAACCAUUCUAAUGAUGAUUGCCGCCUUUUACUUGGUCGGAAGAUUCCGCAAGCAGCGCAUUCGCUACAGCUACUAAGGAAUACUUUCGUAGAAUUCUGGAUAUAUUAUUAGGGCGCCAAUAUCCCUUUACAGCCAUCAUCAUGUAUAAAGUUUACGAUGCUCACACGAGAAAUAAAGCGUAUCCCGAUGAAACGAAUAUUUGCGAUUAUGUCGAGUAUGCACUUCAAAAUGCAAAGAGUGCAGUCCGAACCGAUUAAAAUUUUGAUUUUUAAGCUA